AUGAAGAUGCUUUGCUGGAGGAUGGCACUGUGGCUGGCCGGGGGGACUGUCUGUGGGAAGCCUUCCUCCUGCGCUGGCCUUGAUUAUGACUACACUUACGAUUUCACUGAAGAGGAUAAAGCUGAGGCGAUAGAUUAUAAGGACCCUUGCAAAGCCGCUGUCUUUUGGGGAGAUAUUGCCUUAGAUGAUGAAGACUUAAAAAUCUUUCAAAUUGACAGGACGAUUGACCUUACGCAGCACUCCAACGAAAGACUUGGCCAUAACACAGGUGGCUUUGGAGAGCAUGGGAUGUCAAAAAAACGAGGUGCCCUCUAUCAGCUUAUAGACAGGAUAAGAAGAUUUGGCUCUGGCUUUGAGCAAAAUAAUACAUCUAAAGGAAGAACUACUGUAAAAUUCUCAGGGAAAAAUGAGAAAAACCGAUUUCCCAGAGCUGCUACAUCACGAACAGAAAGAAUAUGGCCAGGGGGUGUCAUUCCAUAUGUAAUAGGUGGAAAUUUCACUGGCACCCAGCGCGCCAUGUUCAAACAGGCGAUGCGGCACUGGGAAAAGUACACGUGCGUUACAUUUAUUGAACGAAGCGAUGAAGAAAGUUAUAUUGUAUUUACAUACAGACCAUGUGGGUGCUGUUCGUAUGUGGGUCGAAGGGGAAAUGGUCCCCAGGCUAUAUCUAUUGGCAAGAACUGUGAUAAAUUUGGUAUAGUUGUCCAUGAGUUGGGUCAUGUGAUAGGUUUUUGGCAUGAACAUACACGACCAGACCGUGAUGACCAUGUCACCAUCAUUAGAGAAAACAUCCAGCCUGGUCAGGAAUACAACUUCUUGAAGAUGGAGCCUGGAGAGGUGAACUCCCUUGGGGAACCAUACGACUUUGACAGUAUUAUGCACUAUGCCAGGAACACCUUCUCAAGGGGCAUGUUUCUGGAUACCAUUCUCCCUUCCCGUGAUGAUAAUGGUAUACGACCUGCCAUUGGCCAGCGUACUCGUCUAAGUAAAGGAGAUAUUGCACAGGCAAGAAAGCUGUAUAGAUGUCCAGCCUGUGGAGAAACACUGCAGGAAUCUACAGGCAACUUUUCUUCUCCAGGAUUUCCAAAUGGUUAUCCUUCCUACACACACUGCAUAUGGAGAAUCUCUGUGACCCCAGGGGAGAAGAUUGUUUUAAACUUCACCACCAUGGACCUUUACAAGAGCAGUCUCUGUUGGUAUGACUAUAUUGAAGUAAGAGAUGGCUACUGGAGAAAAUCACCUCUGCUUGGCAGGUUUUGUGGUGACAAACUGCCAGAAGUCCUCGCAUCCUCUGACAGCAGGAUGUGGAUCGAGUUCCGCAGCAGCAGCAACUGGGUUGGGAAAGGUUUUGCAGCAAUUUAUGAAGCUAUUUGUGGAGGUGAAAUCCACAAAAACGAAGGCCAGAUCCAGUCUCCCAAUUAUCCUGAUGACUACAGACCAAUGAAGGAAUGUGUGUGGAAAAUAACAGUGUCAGAAAACUACAAUGUAGGAUUAACCUUUCAAGCAUUUGAGAUUGAAAGACACGAUAACUGUGCAUAUGACUACUUGGAAAUUCGAGAUGGAACAAAUGAAAACAGUCCUUUAAUUGGUCACUUUUGUGGCUAUGACAAGCCAGAAGACAUUAGAUCUACCUCUAAUACCCUGUGGAUGAAGUUCGUUUCUGAUGGAACCGUUAACAAAGCAGGUUUUGCAGCUAACUUUUUUAAAGAGGAAGAUGAAUGUGCCAAACCUGACAAUGGUGGCUGUGAGCAGCGCUGUGUAAACACUCUGGGCAGUUACCAGUGCGCCUGUGAUCCUGGCUAUGAACUUGGUCCUGACAAAAAGAGCUGUGAAGCUGCUUGCGGAGGACUCCUGACAAAGCUAAAUGGGACUAUAACCACACCAGGGUGGCCCAAAGAGUAUCCUCCAAACAAAAACUGUGUGUGGCAGGUGGUUGCCCCGACGCAAUACCGAAUUUCAAUGAAGUUUGAGUUUUUUGAGUUAGAAGGGAAUGAAGUUUGCAAAUAUGAUUAUGUGGAGAUUCGUAGUGGCCUUUCUUCUGAUUCUAAACUACACGGUAAAUUCUGUGGUACAGAAGUGCCUGAAGUUAUCACCUCUCAGUACAACAACAUGCGAGUUGAGUUCAGAUCUGACAACACGGUGUCAAAAAAAGGCUUCAAGGCACACUUCUUCUCAGACAAGGAUGAGUGUUCGAAGGACAACGGUGGCUGCCAGCACGAGUGCAUCAACACGGUAGGAAGCUACGUUUGCCAGUGCCGAAAUGGAUUUGUGCUACAUGAAAACAAACAUGACUGUAAGGAGGCUGAGUGUGAACAGAAGAUCCACAGUCCCAAUGGCAUCAUCACAAGUCCCAACUGGCCUGACAAGUAUCCCAGCAGAAAGGAGUGCACGUGGGAAAUCAGUGCCACCCCUGGACAAAGGGUCAAAUUGGCCUUCAAUGAAUUUGAGAUAGAACAACAUCAAGAAUGUGCUUAUGAUCACUUGGAAGUGUUUGAUGGUGAAAGUGAAAAAUCACCAAUUCUGGGACGCUUGUGUGGCAAUAAGAUACCAGAUCCUCUUAUUGCUACUGGAAACAAAAUGUUUCUCCGCUUUAUUUCUGAUGCAUCGGUUCAAAGAAAAGGCUUCCAAGCAACGCACUCUACAGAGUGUGGCGGUCGACUGAAAGCUGAAACCAAGCCCAAAGAUCUGUACUCGCAUGCUCAGUUUGGUGAUAACAACUACCCAGUUCAGGCAGACUGCGACUGGCUCCUGGUGGCAGAGCGCGGCUAUCGAGUCGAGUUAAUGUUUCAGACUUUUGAGGUUGAAGAAGAGGCAGACUGUGGUUACGAUUAUGUGGAGCUCUUUGAUGGUCACGAUAAGACAGCUGUGAGGCUCGGUCGAUUUUGUGGAUCUGGGCCACCAGAAGAAAUUUAUUCAGCAGGGGAAGCUCUUUUACUUCACUUUCACACUGAUGAUACAAUCAACAAGAAAGGAUUUCAUAUACGAUACAGAAGUAUAAAAUACCCAGAUAGUGUGCGCACCAAAAAAUAACACAAGAACCUCUAUGCCAGAAAAGGAGAGAGAGGAAGAAUGAACGCACAGUGGAAGGGAAGGAAGGCAUGUCUUUUUUUUUUAAACUGAAGUUAUUAGCACAAAUGUUUUAUAUGAAUU